CUAAUUUAUUUGUAACAAAAAUAAUAAAAUAAAAAUUCACAUUUUUUAGGCUCCACCAAAUAUAAUCUCUCAGGAGCAAAGAAAUGCAGCGGAGACAGUUUUCCUGGACUUCCGCAAGACAACAAUGCCUUACCAGCUGUGCCGUGAAAUCUUAGAAACAAGUAGCGUAGAUUACGUUCUAUUUGAAUCAGCAGGUUUAAUAAAAGGAGCCUUAGUCCGAGAAUGGACCCUGCUGCCAUCAGCAGACAUCGGAUCACUGCAGCAGUACCUCUUGCAUUACAUAGUAAACAAACCAACCUUGGCACCGUUCGUCAGAGAGCGGAUUCUCCAGGUGAUAGCAAUAAUGGUGAAGCGAAAGAGCGUCGAGGACUCUGGAGCAAACCGCGGAGUGCUGCUGAACCAAGUGGAGUCGAUGGUGACGAGCGGGGACUCAAAGAGACAACUGCUCGGCUGCAGCAUCAUGUCAGCUCUCAUGCAAGAGUACGCAACGACUGCCAAGUCUUCAGAAGUCGGUUUGACCUGGGACCUCCACUUCAAAGCCAAGCAGCAGUUUGAAAUCACAGACUUGAAGCGUAUUUUUAAAUUUGUAACCACUGCGCUGUCCGAGCUAACCAAGGACUCGGUCCCCAUGGAGACUUUGCCGUUGAUAAAACACUUGUUGUCAAUUGCCGAGGCAGCUCUCACCUGGGGCUACGUGAUAUUCGACUCGAUGUCUCAGGGGUUGAUAAGACUCUUCGAAGAUUUCUCGGAGUCUGAAGCCAGCCCAUCUUUGCGGCCAGAAAAAGUUUGGCAAGAUGUCAUCCUGGAUCCUAUGAUCAUACAAAUAUUUUUUACACUUUAUUGGAAGGUUCGGACUAACUUGCAAUUAGCACAUCAUGCCAGAAGCUGCUUAGUACAGCUGGCUAGUUUAAACGGCAAGGUAAUGGCCACUCAUGAAUUAAAACUCCAGUACUCGAGCAACUAUGUACAGAAUUUUAUAAAACUUAUUUCUAAUAUUGAAAUAAUCGACCAAGAAGCGCUGGGUGUUGCUAAUAUUGUCAGAAGAAUCACAAUGUUCUUUGGACUGACGCUGCAGUCUCUUGCGCCGGAAAUUUUUGGAUCUUUUAUGGAACAAGUUACCAGACUGACGUGUAUUUUUGCAGAAGGAGCUGCUCAGGAAGAUUCGAUGUGUCCUGAUGACUACUUGUACAUGGAAGCAUUCGAGCGAAUGCUUGAAUCCUGGUCUUCAAUUUUAUCCAAGAAGAGCAGAUAUCAAGACAGUUUCUUCGAGCCGAGUUUCGUUCAAAUAUUUAAUGUUUAUUUAAAAUGCCGACUGUCACCGCCGGACGGUACUCGAUCUUUACGUCAGGAAUUGAGUCAGCUGACAUCAUCGCAAAGAGAAUCAUUUGUCGCUCACGGGAAUAUGAAUGAAGCUCUGCAAAAUUUAUACGAAGAUUUACAUUGGCUGGUAUUAAUAGCUGGACAUAUUUUAUGUUUCGAUUCAAUUGGUGAAGUAGCUCUCAUACCUGCUCAGAUGAUUAAAUACAGCAUGGAACAGGCAGAGCAAGGUAAAUCAGAUGUCAACGUCUCUCUCCAAUUAAUGGCGUCUCCUCAGUGUAACCUCUCAGACAUUCCUGGAGCGGAGGAGUCAUCAGACCACGUAAUACGUUUAACCGCAGCGAUCUUUCGUCUCUGUGAAAUAAAACGCAGUGCAAUAGAAGCCAAUCUCGCUAAUUUAUUAAGUCCCGAAUUGAUCAGCAGCGUUGUCUGGUUCCUGCAUCGAUGGUCACUGAGUUAUUUACUGCCAACCGAAAAUUACUACUCUGAAAUAAGUACAACACUGAUUCAGGCAUUCGGAACUGACGGCGCAGGAGCACAGUGGGCUGUUAAUUUUCUGCUGGACAAUAUUAAGUGUAUAAUUAAUGUGUUUAAAGGAGAAGAGACACUAGCUGAAGAUACUGUUAAAUUGCUGGUGGGUCUAGUUGAUACUCCUACAAAGUCAUAUUAUGUAUUAAAGUCAGAACAAAUUGGAAGCUUAAUUGACCUGGCAACAAAAAAUAGUUUUAGUCUUCCUCAAGUUGCCAAGAGAGGAAUAAUGUCUACUGUCGUUCAAGUCGGGAUUGCGCUGAAGAACAAAAGCAAUGAAAAGCAAUACUGGUCACAAACUCUUCAGCCGCUGCUUGAUCAAUUCAAACAAAUUAUUUCUAGGAAUGACUUUUCACGAUCGUGCCAUCAAGAAGAUAUUAAAUUGCAAAUAACAGAACUUUUAGAAUUUUUUAUCGGUAUUGCUCAAGGCGCUCAGUCGUCUACAGCUAAAACUAUUUUUCAGUACAUCUGUCCAGUAUUGGCAGAAGUAGCUAAUUUAUUGACGGCUUAUCAUAACUAUCCGCAAAUAGUUAAACUACUUAUUGAAUUUCUUUUUGAAUGUACAAGAAGGAUACUUUGUUACUUGACCGAGGAAGAAGGUAUUAAAUUGUACGAAGCAAGUUUGCACACCAUACAGAGUUACGCUCGAUGUAACAGCAAUCGUAUAACUACUGACUCGACAAACGAAGAAAAUACCUACGAAGAUAUUCUUCUGCUCAUGCAAUUAUUGACUCACUUACUGAGUGAAGAUAUGUUCAGGCUAGACCGUGUAGAUAGUAAAUCGAGACAAAAGCAAUUAGUCACUUCUGCAGAUGUAUUUUUAUAUGGUCUUAAUAUUAUUAUGCCAAUGAUGACACUUGAGUUGCUUAAAUUUCCUUCUUUGUGUCACCAAUAUUUUAAAAUGAUAACAUUAAUAUGUGAAAUGCAUCCAAGGAAAGUCUGUGAAUUACCUCUUGAUUUGCUCAAGCAAUUAAUGGCCUCAGUAGAAUUAGGAUUUUAUUCAUUUGGUAAUGAUGUCACAAAUAUUUGUUGUGAUAUUAUUAGAUUGAUUGCUAAAUAUUUGCAUGGAGAAAAUUUAAAAGGUCACCCAAAAAAUCCAAUCAUUGCACCAUUUAUGAAUGUAAUAAUGAAUUUGGUACUUUCACAACAAAUAUACUCGGACUUAAUAUCUUACAUAAGCACUCCUAUGUAUUAUUUAAUUUGCUGUUACCAAGAAGAGUACCAAAAGCUUGUGGAAAAUUUUAUAGCGUCGCAACCAAAUCAAGUAGUAGCUCAGCGACUAGCCACUGCGUUUAACAAUUUAACAGCAAAUAUUUCAAUGACUACUGAACAAUCAGAACGGCUCAAAUUUCGAAAUAAUUUUGAAAGCUUUGCUGUAGCUGUGCUGAUUAAAUAA